AGUGUAGGAUGGGAAAAUAAGGUGCGAGAUGAAGUUGUGUGGAAAGCGAAGGAAGGAGUGGAUGGAAUGGAAGAAGAGCUGGAUGAAAAGGAGGAGGAGGACGAUGAGGAUAAAAAGUGAGGCAAGAGAGCGGGAGGUGGAGGCUUUGGCAGAAGAUGUUGAGAAUGGAGAGACAAGAGGUGUAAGAUGGUUGAAAGAUAGAUUACUGAGGAUCGCUAAUGACGUAGAGGUAGAAAAUGCGAGUGAAAAUGAAGGUAUUGAAAAGGACACUGAGAUAAAGGAGAAGAAGGUAGCUACUGCAUUUAUAAAGAAGGGGCAGAAAAUGUCGUGA